ACCAUGGAUUCUAAGACAAAUUACUCCUGAACUUCUGAAUAUUGCACUAUAGAUACUGGAUACGUAUAACUUGGUGUAGCUCUCGUCAAAUAAAUGAUCAAUUCAACCAAUAAGACAUUUUAGAAUCAACAGAAUUUCUAUUUCACAAUAAUGGAUCAUAAUUCUCAAAGAACACAUAUGAUGAGUGUAUACCAAGCACUCCUUCUAAUGGUGGUCAUUACAAUGAAUCCUACAAGCGCAACCGUUACAGCCGUCAAUGAUGCAUCAACAACAACUGAUGAACCCACUACAACCGUAACUGAUGCAUUGACGACAACUGGUCAACCCACUACAACUGUCAUUGAUGUAUUGACUACAACUGGUCAACCCACUACAACUGUCACUGAUGCAUUGACUACAACUGGUCAACCCACUACAACCGUAACUGAUGCAUUGACUACAACUGGUCAACCAACUACAACAGUCAUUGAUGCGUCGAUAGUAACUGGUGAACCCACUACAACCAUCAACGGUGCAUCACCAACUACUGUUAAAGCCACAGCCACUACAACCAUCACAGAGUUAUCAAAAACAACAGGUGAACCAAAUAAAAUGGGCAUUGAUGCAAUGACAAAAACUGGUGAACCGCUACAGCCGUCACUAAUUCAACGACACCAACUGGUGAACCCACUAAAACUACCACUGAGUCAACGACACCAACUGGUGAACAUACUAAAACUACCACUGAGUCAACGACAACAACUGGUGAACCCACUAAAACCACCACUGAGUCAACGACACCAACUGGUGAACCCACUAAAACCACCACUGAGUCAACGACACCAACUGGUGAACCCACUAAAACCACCACUGAGUCAACGACAACAACUGGUGAACCCACUACAACCAUCACUGGUGUGUCGACAACUACUGGUGAACCCACUAAAACUACCACUGAGUCAACGACGACAACUGGUGAACAUACUAAAACCACUGAGUCAACAAAAACAACUGGUGAACCAACUAAAACUGUCACUGUUCCAUCCAGAACAACUGGUGAACCCAUUACAAUCGUUUUUGCGUCAUCCAGAACCACUGGUGAAAAUACUACAACCGUCAAUGAUUCACCAAAAACAACUAGUGAACCCACAACAAGCGUCACUGAUGCAACAACUACUGCCAGUGAAACCGCUACAACCGUCACUGGUGUUGUCGACAAAAACAGAUGCAGCUGCAGCUGUCAUUGAUGCACCGAGAACAACAGGUGAACCCACUACAACCAUCACUGAUUCAUCAACAACAACUGGUGAACCCACUGAAACCUUGACAAUAACUAGUGAAUUCACUACAACAGUCACUGGUGUGUCGACAACAACGGACGAACCAACUACAACCAUCACUGGUGUGUCGAUAACAAAGUUUACAGCUGCACCCACUACAAACGUCACUGGUAGAUUAACAUCAACGGUCACAGCGUCACCCACAACAACAACUGUCAUUGGAGCAUCAACAACAACUAGUGAACUUGCUUCGACUGUCACUCGUGUGUCGACAACAACUGGUGAACCCACUACAACUGUUACUCGUGGGUCGACAACAACUGGUGAACCCACUACAACUGUCACUCAUGGGUCGAUACCAACUGGUGAACCCACUACAACUGUCACUCAUGGGUCGACAACAACUGGUGAACCCACUACAACUGUCACUCAUGGGUCGACAACAACUGGUGAACCCACUACAACUGUCACUCAUGGGUCGACAACAACUGGUGAACCCACUACAACUGUCACUCGUGGGUCAACAACAAUUGGUGAACCCACUACAACUAUCAUUGGUUCAUCAACAACAACCAGUGAACCCACUACAACAAUCACUGGUGUGUCAACAACAACUGGUGAACCCACUACAACCCUCAGUGGUGUGUCAACAACAAUGGUGACAGAUGUACCAAUUACAACAUUAACAGGCGCAUUGACAACAUCUGGUGAACCCACUACUUCCGUCACGGUUUCAUCAACAACAACUGAUGAACCCACCACAACCAUCACUGAGUCAUCAUCAACAACUGGUGAACCCACUACGACUGUCACUGAGUCAACAAAAACAACUGGUGAACCCACUACAACUAUCACUGAGUCUUCACCAACAACUGGUGAACGCACUACAACUGUUACUGGGGCAUCAACAACAACUGGUGAACCCACUACAACUGUUACUGGGGCAUCAACAACAACUGGUGAACCCACUACAACUGUCACUCAUGGGUCAACAACAACUGGUGAACCCACUACAACUGUCACUCAUGGGUCGACAACAACUGGUGAACCCACUACAACUGUUACUCGUGGGUCGACAACAACUGGUGAACCCACUACAACUGUCACUCAUGGGUCGACAACAACUGGUGAACCCACUACAACUGUCACUCAUGGGUCGACACCAACUGGUGAACCCACUACAACUGUCACUCAUGGGUCGACAACAACUGGUGAACCCACUACAACUGUCACUCAUGGGUCAACAACAACUGGUGAACCCACUACAACUGUCACGCGUGGGUCAACAACAAUUGGUGAACCCACUACAACUAUCAUUGGUUCAUCAACAACAACCAGUGAACCCACUACAACCAUCACUGGUGUGUCAACAACAUCUGGUGAACCCACUACUUCCGUCACGGUUUCAUCAACAACAACUGAUGAACCCACCACAACCAUCACUGAGUCAUCAUCAACAACUGGUGAACCCACUACGACUGUCACUGAGUCAACAAAAACAACUGGUGAACCCACUACAACUAUCACUGAGUCUUCACCAACAACUGGUGAACCCACUACAACUGUCACUGGGGCAUCAACAACAACUGGUGAACCCACUACAACUGUUACUGGGGCAUCAACAACAACUGGUGAACACACUACAACCCUCAGUGGUGUGUCAACAACAAUGGUGACAGAUGUACCAAUUACAACAUUAACAGGUGCAUUGACAAUAACUGGUGAACCCACUACUUCCGUCACGGUUUCAUCAACAACAACUGAUGAACCCACCACAACCAUCACUGAGUCAUCAUCAACAACUGGUGAACCCACUACGACUGUCACUGAGUCAACAAAAACAACUGGUGAACCCACUACAACUAUCACUGAGUCUUCACCAACAACUGGUGAACCCACCACAACCAUCACUGAGUCAACAAAAACAACUGGUGAACCCACAACAACAGUCACUGCUGUGUCGACAACAACUGGUGAACCCACCACAACCAUCACUGAGUCAACAAAAACAACUGGUGAACCCACCACAACCAUCACUGAGUCAACAAAAACAACUGGUGAACCCACCACAACCAUCACUGAGUCAACAAAAACAACUGGUGAACCCACAACAACAGUCACUGCUGUGUCGACAACAACUGGUGAACCCACCACAACCAUCACUGAGUCAACAAAAACAACUGGUGAACCCACAACAACAGUCACUGCUGUGUCGACAACAACUGGUGAACCCACCACAACCAUCACUGAGUCAACAAAAACAACUGGUGAACCCACAACAACAGUCACUGCUGUGUCGACAACAACUGGUGAACCCACCACAACCAUCACUGAGUCAACAAAAACAACUGGUGAACCCACUACAACUGUUACUGGGGCAUCAACAACAACUGGUGAACCCACUACAACUGUUACUGAUUCAUCAACUACAGAUGAGUCAACAAAAACAACUAGUGAACCCACUACAACCGUAACUGAUUCAUCAACUACAGCUGAGUCAACAAAAACAACUGGUGAACCAACUACAACCGACACUGGUGUGUUGACAACAACUGGUGAACCAACUACAACUAUCAUUGAGUCUUCACCAACAACUGGUGAACCCACUACAACUGUCACUGAGUCAUCAAAAUCAACUGGUGAACCCACUACAACUGUUACUGGGGCAUCAACAACAACUGGUGAACCCACUACAACUGUUACUGGGGCAUCAACAACAACUGGUGAACCCACUACAACUGUUACUGGGGCAUCAACAACAAUUGGUGAACCCACUACAACCGUAACUGAUUCAUCAACUACAGCUGAGUCAAAAAAAACAACUGGUGAACCCACUACAACCUACACUGGUGUGUUGACAACAACUGGUGAACCCACUACAAUAUUCACUAGUGUGUUUGCAAAAAUGGUUACAGCGUCACCCACUACAUCCGUCACUGGUACAUCAGCAACAACGGCUACAGCUGCACCCACAACAACCGUCACCAGUGCAUCAAAUGUCAACACAACGACAACGGCUACUCCUGUCAUCACUACUGCCAUCGUCACGACAACUGCAACUACCGCUGUUGCAAUCACUACGGUUCCUGUGGUGUUCAGGUCCAGAGCAGAGACAUUUACCUCUGAUCUAUCAAACCCAUCAUCUCAGGCCUUUCAAACAAGAGCAUUACUGAUUAAAACUCAGCUUGAACCUUUCUAUCGAUCGGCAUUCACCUCUUUCAACAGUUUGACUGUAACAGAAUUCAGCUCUGGAUCCAUCAUCAAUACUGUAAAUGUAGCAUUCAGCUCCCCCUCGGUCCCUAAUAUCACAGAGAUUGGCACUGUUUUGAUAGAUGCUGCUCAAAACAUCACAGCUUUCAAUAUUGAGCCCAACUCAGUGACGGUCAACAGCACAGCUGCAGCCACAAAAACUCUUACCAGUGCAAUAACAACGAGUGGUUUAUCGACAAGAACUGGUGAACCCACUACAUCCGUCACCAGUGUGUCGACAAUGAGUGGUGCAUCAACAACUGCUGUUACAGCCGAACCUGCUGCAACUGUCAUUGAUGCACCGACAACCACAGCUGCUCCUGCAACAAGUACUGUUCCUCCUACAACUUCUGUUACUACCACUGUGGCUGGUACGACCACCACAACAACUGGAGAACCUGUCACUGUUCCUGCUACCGUUCCUACAACCAGGCCCACAACUACAACCACCACCUAUGUGGCCCCCACAACUACAGUGUCAAGGACAACAUCACCACUGUCAACAACCAGCACAGCUUCAACUACAACAACCAACGCAACAAACACUACUACAACACCUACUACUACUACUAGUACAGCAACAACAACAACUGCAACAACAACUACUACAACUGCACAUCUUAAACCUGUUCCACGGGUGUCUUUCGUCAUACAACAAGUGUUUGUAGAAGCUUUAAAUGACCCUCAAAGUACACAAUUCCAAGAACUUGCAGUAACUAUUACUGCAGUGUUCGAUGUGAUCUACAAAGCAAAAUAUGGGAUCCUUUUCAUCCGGACGAUUGUUCUUGGAUUCACACCUAUGUUCCAUUCCCGUAUGGAAGCAGAAACACAGGCGGAGGUCCAACUGGUGUUCAACGAGACCUCCACUCAAUCUGUCCCUGAGGUUACUGACAUUAGCAAUACACUGAAAGAAGCUGUGACCAAUCCAAACACUUUCUUUGGCAACCUCUCUGUGGAUGUUACCACCAUCAUUGUUAAAGCUGCUCCUGCAACAAGUACUGUUCCUCCUACAACUUCUGUUACUACCACUGUGGCUGGUACGACCACCACAACAACUGGAGAACCUGUCACUGUUCCUGCUACCGUUCCUACAACUAGGCCCACAACUACAACCACCACCUAUGUGGCCCCCACAACUACAGUGUCAAGGACAACAUCACCACUGUCAACAACCAGCACAGCUUCAACUACAACAACCAACGCAACAACCACUACUACAACACCUACUACUACUACUAGUACAGCAACAACAACAACUGCAACAACAACUACUACAACUGCACAUCUUAAACCUGUUCCACGGGUGUCUUUCGUCAUACAACAAGUGUUUGUAGAAGCUUUAAAUGACCCUCAAAGUACACAAUUCCAAGAACUUGCAGUAACUAUUACUGCAGUGUUUGAUGUGAUCUACAAAGCAAAAUAUGGGAUCCUUUUCAUCCGGACGAUUGUUCUUGGAUUCACACCUAUGUUCCAUUCCCGUAUGGAAGCAGAAACACAGGCGGAGGUCCAACUGGUGUUCAACGAGACCUCCACUCAAUCUGUCCCUGAGGUUACUGACAUUAGCAAUACACUGAAAGAAGCUGUGACCAAUCCAAACACUUUCUUUGGCAACCUCUCUGUGGAUGUUACCACCAUCAUUGUUAAAGCUGCUCCUGCAACAAGUACUGUUCCUCCUACAACUUCUGUUACUACCACUGUGGCUGGUACGACCGCCACAACAACUGGAGAACGUGUCCCUGUUCCUGCUACCGUUCCUACAACUAGGCCCACAACUACAACCACUACAUAUGUGGCCCCCACAACUACAGUGUCAAGGACAACAUCACCACUGUCAACAACCAGCACAGCUUCAACUACAACAACCAACGCAACAAACACUACUACAACACAUACUACUACUACUAGUACAACAACGACAACAACUGCAACAACAACAACUACAACUGCACAUCUUCAACCUGCUCCACUGGUGUCUUUCGUCAUACAACAAGUGUUUGUAGAAGCUUUAAAUGACCCUCAAAGUACACAAUUCCAAGAACUUGCAAUAACUAUUACUGCAGUGUUCGAUGUGAUCUACAAAGCAAAAUAUGGGAUCCUUUUCAUCCGGACGAUUGUUCUUGGAUUCACACCUAUGUUCCAUUCCCGUAUGGAUGCAGAAACACUGGCGGAGGUCCAACUGGUGUUCAAUGAGACCUCCACUCAAUCUGUCCCUGAGGUUACUGACAUUAGCAAUACACUGAAAGAAGCUGUGACCAAUCCAAACAUUACCUUUGGCAACCUCUCUGUGGAUGUCACCACCAUCAUUGUUCAAGUGCCCACCACAAGUAAGAACACAACUACAACGGCUAGUCCUGUCAUCACUACUGCCAUCAUCACAACUACAACCACUGAAACUACCGUUGUGGCACUCACUAAGGUGACGGUGGUGUUCCGGUCCAGCGGAGAGACAUUUACCUCGGACCUAUCAAACACAUCUUCUCAGGCCUGUCAAACCCGAGCAUUACUGAUUAAAACUCAGCUUGAUCCUUUCUAUCGAUCAGCUUUCACCUCUUUCAACAGUUUGGCUGUGACAGAAUUCAGCUCUGGAUCCAUCAUCAAUACUAUGGAUCUAGCAUUCAGCUCCCCCUCCGUCCCAAAUUCCAUGGAGAUUGGCACUGUUUUAAUAAAAGCCGCCCAAAAAAUCACAGCUUUCAACAUUGACCCCACCUCAGUGAGAGUCAACGGCACAGCUGUGACCUCAAGUGGAGUAAGCAGCAAGACCAGUCUCUGCACAGCAUUCUUUCUGGUGGUUCUGUCGCUGCUCCUGUCAAGCCAGCAUUAGUCUCAGUGGCAACGCCCACUAAAAACACUAUUUCACUCACAGGCAAGCAGCAGAACGAAAUAGUGUGUGUUGUCAUAUUUCACUCUGAGAACUUUCCACACAUUCCAACCCCUACCCCAAUUCCACCCAUGAUUUGAAUAGUGUCCAAAAAUUAAAUCAAGUCUUGUAAGCUGACAUAACGAUGUGAUAUAAUUACUGCCUAUUCAAUCAAAAUGUGUAAGUGUAUGGGUUUCCGUCUUAAGUCGAUGUUAUUUCCAUGCAAUGAAAAAUAAUGUUUGAUUUAAUAUGCACUUAAGGCUAUUUUUGAUUCGCUCUUUUGCUGAUAUGAACUAAAACGUUGAUUCACUCUCUUGCUGAUUUGAACUAAAACGUUGAUUCACUCUGUUGCUGAUUUGAACUAAAACAUUUAAUCACUCUGUUGCUGAUUUGAACUAAAACAUUUAAUCACUCUGUUGCUGAUUUGAACUAAAACAUUUAAUCACUCUGUUGCUGAUUUGAACUAAAACAUUUAAUCACUCUGUUGCUGAUAUGAACUAAAACGUUGAUUCACUCUGUUGCUGAUAUGAACUAAAACGUUGAUUCACUCUGUUUGCUGAUAUGAACUAAUCUGAGAAAUAUUUUAUUUCAUAUUUUGACUUAACCAGUGAAACCUGGAUAACUGAUUUAAAUAAGGCCCUUUGGAGCAAAAUGUUCUACAAUUUAAAUCAAUGUAGUUUUCAUUCUGUUAUACCAUAAACAUGUAAUUCUUUCUUCAAUGGUCCUGAUCAGAGUUGUGGACUUGAGUCACAUUACUUGGACUCGAGUCAGACUCAGGUCACAAAUAUGAUGACUUGCAACUCGACUUUUACUUUAAUACCAAUGACUCGUGACUUGACUUGGACUUGAGCCUUAUGACUUGACCUGACUUGAUACCCUCCCCAAGCCCAAAUAUUAAAACAUGAUGCUAUUAAAAAAAAGUGUACAGGCAUCUACUCUUCAUUUAACGGAUUACAGUUUGAAAUCGGACAGCAGCUAAUCAAAUUGUGCGUGGCAGUGCAGAGGAACUUCGGCGGGUGAAUUCAGAUGGAGCCCUUGGAACGAUGAUACCCAAAAUUAUUAUUUUCGUAUAUAAAGAUGACGCUGUAUCAACAAAUGUGGGAAGACAUUUGAAGCUGCACAAAGAACGGUAAAUCGUGUCUAAUAGCCGACAGCUAUCCAUCACCCGAGGUUGUGUGUUUAUGAGUGUGUGUAACUUGUUUCAUGGGUUUCUUUUUGCUGUGAUGUCUGGAGCCUGUAUUGUUAUUGUGCGCUCCUCACUGCUUGCCUAGACUAUACUUGCAGAUUGACUCACCACCGCGCUGUUUGGAGCUGGGAAAGAUCAAAUGAGCACAUUUGUGGUAGAGUGCCUCCUAGAAUGGUUGUGUACUCUUUCUAACCUGCUGAUUACGGCGAGUGCUUGAACCUCUGAUUGUGUUUAUGCAUCACACGAAUUCCCACCAUCCCUCUCUCUGCUGUCCUCCGCAGUUGUGAGCUUUUUCCGUUGAUUCUUUCACCUGAGACACAAAUGCUGUUAUAGGGGGGGGGGGGGGGUUACAGAUGGCUACCCAUGUAUUUCCGAGGGUGGGAACCACUAUUUAAAGGUCUCACCGAUUGAAACGCUAUUAGUGCGCACCACGGCUAACUAACUAGCCAUUUCACAUCCGUUACAUACAUACUGUAUUCUAUUCUAUUCUAUACUAUCUUAAGAAGUUGUAUCUAACAAUACACACAAUCUAAAGUGAAGGAAUGGAAUUAAGAAUAUGUAAGUAUUUGCAUGAGCAAAUGUGUAUGUGACAAAUAACAUUAGAUUUGAUUUGAAAUUCCUCACCCUCUCAUGCCUUAUUGCUUAAUCACGCAUCAGCAUAUAUUUUCAAAACAAAAACAAGUAUUGUAUCCUGUGAGCUCAAUUGUAAAAAAAAAAUCCAUUAUAGAAUGAAAUAGGGGUAUUAAUACAUCAAUUAGAAUGAAACAAGUAUUUAAUAAAGUUGUUGUGUCAUUGA